GGUGUCUUGUCAUCUUCCAGACUAUCGAAAGCGUCCGAGAUGGACCAUCACUGGGUUGCCACAUCAUGGCUGAGUGACGUGGGGUUGCCUCAAUAUUCACAGACCUUUCAGACCCAUCUGGUGGACGGCCGGGUGCUGAACUCGCUGAGCCGCAGAGACCUGGAGAGAUUGUUCAAUAUCACUGACCAGUUCCAUCAGACCAGUCUCCUCCUGGCAAUCCAGCUCCUGCAGAUACUCAACUUUGAUAAAGAGGCCCUGCAGGCACAGCGGGCAAAAUGUGAGGACCAAGACCGAGAGCCCAUUGUUUGGACGAGUCACAGAGUAAUGAAGUGGAUCAGAGACAUAGACCUCAAGGAGUUUUCAGACAAUCUUCAGGGUAAAGGGAUUCAUGGAGCUGUGAUGGUUCUGGAACCAUCCUUUGACUCAGACGCCAUGACAAAAGCUUUGGGGAUCCCCAGCAACAAGCACAUGCUGCAUCGGCACCUGUAUGAAGAGAUGAAAUCACUCGCGGUCCCUAACAGCAGUGCAGAAAAGGGAAGUGAAGUGAUCAGUUCUUCACCUGUGGCUGUAAAGCGCUUUGCUGAGGAGAGGGUGUCGAUAAGAAGAUCAGGCAAGAGUCCGCUGAGGUUACAUGCUAGCAGCCACUCAGUGGAGAGAGGUCUGGGCUUCCAUGGCAGCUGUGGCUCUCCGCCCAGAGAGGCCCGGGUCCAGGCCGUCCCGCGGGCCAGAGGCAGCCCGAUGCACACUUACAAGAGUGUAGAAAUCACCAACGUGUGACCAGCCUCAGCCUUCCAGUUGGCCCACAUUGUUACCAUUGUUUACAUUGUUAUUGUAUUAUAGUUGUUUACUACUGAGAGCAACCUACACUCGGCAUCGUUUGACUUUUAAGGGGAAGUCUUAAAGGAAUGAACCCCUUAAUAAUUCCAAUAUAUUCUUAUUUUGUCCAAUAUAAGAAUAACACUUACCAUGAAUAGAAACAAAGGUCAUUUUUGAGCUGGAAGUUGUAAAUAUAAGGAAGAAGGAGAUUUAGUUUGUUAGAUUUCCAACGAAAUGUCCGGAUGAGUUUCUUAUUACGAGUAUUUUGAGUUACCUACACAAAUACCUGAAAACAAUGUUGUUCUUCUUUGAUGCCUUAUACAAACAGGUCUCCCAGCACUGUUGUGUUCUGCUCUAACUAUUUCUUACAUUAAAUGAUUAAUAAGUCAUAACAUGUUUUCACGGUAGAUACAUAUCCUCUGUUAAUCUUCUGUGGAGACAUGAACUGUGUGCGGUCAGAAGCUCUACACUGAGGCGUUAUGUUAUCACAACUGUUAUUAAUACUGCAAAUAGUAGCCAAUUUUUGAUAUGUGGGAAAGCCAAAUCUGGUAAAACAGUUACAUAAUCUUUUCAUUUAAUGAAAGAACGGAUAUCCUUUUGGUUCACAUUAAAUGUGAAUGUUUAGAGGUUUGUAUUGAAAAAAACAUCCCACAGUAUAAAGAUGAAACACAAUUUUAAAUGUUGAGUUAUGAAAGUGUUAAUGUGUAAAACUGUAAGCAAUUGAUCUCUACAUGUUUAUACUGUACAAGCACUGAAGAAAUGGAAUUACGUUACUUAUAUUAUAAAGUAAAGAGAGAGAAUGUAAUGGUAUAUUUUGUAAUGUUUAAUCAUGUUUUAUAACACAUAGUUGUUUAAAGUUUCCUCCUGAGCAUGAAAACAAGCGUAUGAGAUACCACAGGGCCCCACUGUGUGCAGCCGAACGCCCGGGGUCAACAAAUAGAAAACAGGUUUGUCUGUGACUUUCUGGGCGACUGGUUUAUUAACCAAGGGCAAACUUGUUUAAGUGAGAAGAUUACACCAGUUCAAACCUGUAUGGAAACAGAGUGAAAGUACAAUGGUGUCUUCUAUGACGUUUACCUGUCUCUAUUCCCCAGCUGUCAGAGCUAAUUUACAUCGACAUUAAAGCUGAAAUUAUGGUCAACCUA